CAUACCGGAAGUACCUAACUUCGGAAUUUCGAAAUCUAUAUUGACUGAACCAAAAGGCGGGCAGAAUUUCCAAAUCCGCCAUUGUAACCAGGGUAAAUAAACGCAUUUUAGAUUGACGAUGGUGAACAAGAAUUGCAUGUACGGGGUUUGUAAGAGUGACAGUAGGUACCCAGAGAGACUCGCGGAGAAGGAUGUGUACUUUAUUCCGUUCCCAAAACCAUUACGGAAUAGAGUGAAGUGUGAAAGAUGGAUACGAGCUUGCGGACGACAUGACUUGAACGUGGAAAAAGUGACAAAAUACAGCUAUAUAUGUUCACUUCACUUUGUAAGGGGAAACGGUCCGACUGAGGAAUAUCCGGUUCCUAUUCCUGCAGGAGCCUGUGAAGCUGAAAAGGAGAAUUUCAUGCUGCAGAACCGGAAAAGAAGGGCACCAAUAGACCGUCCCAGCCUUGUGUGUAGGAAGGUGAAAAAAACAGGAAAAUCAGCUGAUCAGAGAACAAUAGACCUAGAUCACGCUUAUUGUAUAGUUCAUGUUCCAGAUUUUGAAGCAGAGAUUGAACUAGGGCCUGGAGACGAAGGGAAGGUACAAGAUGACAUUGACACCACUAUCUUUACUGCUACUCCUCUACAUGUGGAAACAACAGAUUCAGGAUCUCAGACUUACCAUCCAACUUAUUCUGACAGCAGUACAAAUGUCAACUUGAAGACCAUGAGAAGACAGUUAUUUAUUUUAGAUGUGGAAAAGAAGCCUAAAGCCUAUACAGGAAUGACACUGGAUGUCUUGAAACUUGUUUUUAGUCAUGUAGAGUUGAAGGCUUCUAGGAUGAAGUAUUGGUAUGGGUCAUCUAGGGUUGAUGACAGCUUCGACGAUACAGAGAAUGAUGUCAGUGGACAAAAAAGGGGAGCAUUAAGGGAGUUAAAACUUUGGGAAGAGUACCUGAUGAGCCUUGUACGACUGAGGAAGGGAUUGGACACAGAUGUUUUAGCAGAUAUGUUGUGUAUAAGUUCUUCAACUGUUUCCAGGAUCUUUACCACAUGGAUUGUGUUUUUGCGGAAGGAACUGGAUUUUCUUAUCAAGUGGCCCACUAAAGAACAAAUAAAGGAAAAUAUGCCAAAAUCUUUUAAGUAUUUCCCUAAAACCAGAGUAGUUAUAGAUUGUACUGAAUUUUUUGUUCAAAAACCCUCAUUACCUUCUGCCCAGAGAAUCACUUGGUCAAGUUAUAAGCAUAAUAAUACAUUAAAACUUCUGGUAGGUAUAACACCAAGUGGUUCAUUCUGUUUCUUGUCAAAGUUGUGGUCAGGGGCAGUUUCAGACCGCAGGAUUACACAAGCAUCUGAGUUCUUGGAAAUGUUGGAGUUUGGCGAUGAGGUUAUGGCUGACCGUGGAUUCACCAUAAGUGAUCUCUUGGCUUUAAAGGGUGCAACUCUUGCAAUUCCGCCUUUUGCAAAUGGCAGACAGCUGAGCAGUAGAGCAGUUACAAGGACAAGGCGUAUUGCAAAUGCACGAAUCCAUGUAGAACGAGCUAUAGGAGAUAUCAAAUCUUUUCAGCAACUACAGGGCACAUUGCCUCUUACUCUUAAACCCAUCCUUGAUGAUAUUAUUUUUGUUUGUGGUGCUUUGUGUAACUUGCGGUCUAAACUUGUGAAGUAAGACCUCUUCAUUUUUACCAUCUUUAAAUAUAAUUUAGGUAUUUCAUGGCCAAAAACAGCUCUCACUUAAAUAAAACAGUUAAGAUUAUCACUAUUUCUGCAAGUUGAAGACACAAUGGACAAAUAAAUUUGCAUGUUCAGAGGGGACAGACAACACUUUGUUUAAAACAAAAUUAAACAAAUAAAGAACAAGAACAUUUUUUUAAAUACUUACCUAUCCUGAAAAACAAUAGCAUUAUUAAGAAUACACCCUCAACACUAUCAGAAAGGUGCUCUUAGAUGGUAAACAUUUCUGCUUUAAUCUCCAGCUAACCUUUUUCUGAUAAGAUUACUAGUGGAAAGUGAUAUCAGUACAAAUAAACACUUUAAGGUAGUUCAGGGGUAUAGAACAAAAAUGACAGAAUUUUCUUAUACUUUGCCAAAAUGAAGAUUUUACUAUGCUCUUUUAAAAAAAAUUAUAAAAAGUAUGGGUCACCUUGUUUUCUUGCUACAAGUAAAUAAACAGUUUUAAUCUGAUUUUCACCAAAAAGUAUACAGAUCGUUUGACCAUCAUAAGAAACAACUUUGUUAAGUUUCAUGAAAUUUGGAUAAGUCGUUCUCAAGUUACGGUGCGACAUGUUUACCCCAGACAGCCGCACAUUUGUAUACCAUAAUACGCCCAGUCAAAAUUUUGACGGGUAAAAAAAUAAAAUUUCUC